AUGUAUUCCAUCGCACCCUCUCCCACCCCCACACUUUUAUCAGACCCAGUGACCUCCACCCCACCCGACACUUCCGCUCCAUCAAUCUUCCGCUACAUCAUCGGUUUCCUCCUCAUCGGUGUCGCCUGGGGCUUCACAACCCCAUUCAUCCGAGCCGCCGCGCGAACCCACCAACCGCCCUCUCACCCCAUUCUCUCAUCCCCCGCGGUUACCAAAUCUUUCGUCAAAUCUAAGCUCUAUGGCGCCUUCUUCGGAGUCGUGGAUCUUUUGCGAAACCCCAGAUAUGCGAUUCCAUUGGUGAUCAAUUUGACGGGCAGUAUUUGGUUUUUCUUGUUAAUCGGCCAGGCUGAACUCUCCCUAACAGUCCCCAUCACAAAUUCUCUAGCGUUUCUCUUCACAGUAUUAGGAGAGUGGUGGGUGGAAAGAAAAGUAAUCAGUCGCGGUAAUUCCCCUCGUCCCUUUCCCUUACAUCCCUUCCCCAUCAAUACUGUUGAUCGGAAUACCUGGAUUGGUAUGAUCUUGUCGUUAUGUGGCAUUGCGCUCUGUGUCCAUAGUAAGACGGGAUGAGCCUUCCUUGGGAGGUUAUUUUUGGAUCACAUUCUCGGGAGCGGGGGAUCUGAUAUUCGAUAAAUGAUAUCGAGGAAGGGUCAUAUGGAAGAAGGAGUCGAUCAUGUGAGGUUUCUGGAAGAUGUAUACAUAUUUGAUUUUGCCGCCGUACGAGGCUGGUAUAUUCUCUUUGCUUACAAACUGAUGUAAAGAGCGUAGUAGGAUCCAUUAUAUUGGAUACUAGCAAGUUGGAUUAGGCAAAUGUCACUAAUGUCACAUAAAAC